AUGGAGGACUCCGCGGCCGCUCGACAACAUGAAGACGAAGAAGCGGACGACAGCCUUGGGUUCCCACUGUCCCGAAUGAUUUUCGAGGGUCCUGCUGGAGAGCUGCAGAACACUGCCAACUCCCAGCCGGCUAUCAUGACUGUUAGCAUCGCCGCCUGGCGCGUAUCGCGCAUGGCGCGGAGGAAUAUGCCGGUCGCAAGCGAUGGAGCGAAUGGCACGUUGACGGCUCACAGCCUGGGGCCGCAAGUUAUAACGGCACUAGUGGCUGCGGGAGUUCUGGGCUUCCCGGACGCUGUGCGACUGGUACGCCGCCGGGGCGAACUGAUGAACCAGGCCUCAAUGAGCCGUCCUGGCACCAUGGCAGCGAUCCUGGGACUGGACGAAUUCGCGCUGGGGCAGGUCUGCGCCGAGACUGGCGUAGAGUUGGCCAAUAUCAACACCGACAACCAGAUAGUAAUCAGCGGAAGCCGCAUGGCGGUAGCGCAGGCCGUCGACCUCGCCACCGCUCGCGGGGCCCGGAAGUCUGUGCCGCUGCCAGUCAGCGGGGCCUUUCAUUCCUCGCUCAUGGUUGAGGCCGAGGCGGGGCUUUCUGCCGAAUUGGAUUCGCUGACUCUCCAUGAACCCAGAAUGCCUAUCAUCGCCAAUUGCGACUGCCGCUCAUUGAACAGCAGCCAAGAGAUUCCCGACGAGCUGGUCAAUGGACUCUGCCGCUGUGUCCAGUGGAAGGACUCGGUGGUGGCCAUGGUCGACUCCGGGAUUACCCGGUUCGUCGAAUUCGGAGCGGGUGGAGUUUUGGCUGGACUGAUCAAGCGAAUUGACCGCGAGGUGGAAGUUUCCGCAGUGGCCGAUCCGGAUUCCAUCCGGAAACUGGCACUUGCGACAGACUAA